AUGCUCCUCCAAUUUAUUCUCUUCGCUCAAUUCACCCUCUUCACUCCGCCGUCGCCGCUGCACGCCGACGGCGGCGGCCGGUGGGAGCUUCUGCAAAACGACGUCGGAGUUUUGCCAAUGCACAUGCAGUUACUUCACAGUGACAGAGUCGUUAUCUUUGACAGAACCGACUUCGGCACCUCGAAUUUACCGUUACCGGAAGGGAAAUGCCGAAUGGAUCCAAACGACGUCGCUUUGAAACUUGAUUGUACUGCUCAUUCUCUCGAAUACGACGUCGCUUCCAACACAUUCCGGCCACUCAUGGUUCAGACGGAUGUUUGGUGCUCCUCUGGCGCCGCCGCGAGCGACGGAACUCUGGUUCAGACGGGUGGAUUCAACGACGGUGAUCGGAGAGCGAGAGUCUUUAAGCCGUAUCCUAAUGGCUCCGAUUGGGAGGAGAUUCCUUUUGCACUAAACGUCCGCCGGUGGUACGCGACGAACCACAUUCUGCCCGACGGCCGGCAAAUUGUAAUCGGCGGACGGCGGCAAUUCAGCUACGAAUUUUUCCCGAAAAUCGGCGGCGCUUCCAGGGCGUAUAGCAUUCCGUUCUUGGCUGAGACGAACGAUCAAUUCAUCGAAAAUAAUUUAUAUCCGUUUGUAUUUUUGAAUGUCGACGGAAAUUUGUUCAUUUUCGCAAACAAUCGGUCAAUUUUGUUUGAUUACGCGCGGAAUAAGGUGAUCAGGAAUUUUCCGGCGAUUCCCGGCGGCGAUCCACGGUGUUACCCGAGCACCGGCUCCGCCGUGCUCCUCCCGUUGAAGAAUUUACAUGCGGCGGCGAUUGAAGCAGAGGUUUUGAUUUGCGGCGGCGCUCCAAAGGGAGCUUAUAAUAGAGCCAUGAAUCGAAUCUUCGUUCGAGCUUUGAAUUCGUGCAACCGAAUUAAAAUAACAGAUUCGAACCCUCAAUGGGUUGUGGAAACAAUGCCAAUGAAUAGGGUAAUGGGGGACAUGAUUUUGCUUCCAAACAGUGACGUUUUAAUUAUCAAUGGUGCCAGGUCAGGAACUGCCGGGUGGGAUAACUCUCGCGAUCCGAUUUUGAGCCCGAUCGUGUAUCGACCCACUGACCCAAUUGGUUCGAGGUUUCGGUUGCUUAACCCGAGUACGAUCCCUCGUCUUUAUCAUUCAACAGCAGUGCUGCUUCGCGAUGGUCGUGUUUUGGUUGGUGGGAGCAAUCCAAAUGUAUAUUAUAACUUCACAGGCGUGCCGUUCCCAACCGAGUUGAGAUUAGAAGCAUUUUCCCCACCAUAUUUGGAUCCCAAAUGUGAAAAUCUACGACCAAAAAUCUUAUCGCCGUCGUCUCAAACCACUGUGAGAUACGGACGACCGUUGACUAUUCGAUUCAAUGUCAACAUCACCAGUGGUGUGAGAUUGGAUACAGUGGCAGUGACAAUGAUCGCACCACCAUUCAACACGCAUUCGUUCUCCAUGAGUCAACGAUUGUUAGUGAUCGGCGGCGAGUAUGUGACCAAAGUGAGAAAUGUCGCUGCGACGUGGGAUGUCCACAUUAGCAUGACAAAGUCGAGUACCAUCGCUCCACCGGGGUAUUAUCUCGUGUUUGUAAUUCAUCGUGAAAUUCCAAGCAAGGGCAUUUGGAUCCGAAUUGUGUAAGGGCAAAAAGGAGAUACAAGAAAAGGCUUUAUGGUA